AAGAGAGAGAGAGAAACAGAGAGAAACAGAGAGAGAGAGAGAGAGAGAGUUGAAUUCACUUUUCCAGUGUGUGGAUACAUGCGCUCUAACUAAGUGCAGCACUUUGAGAAUUGCUCACAUCGGACGGACUGAAGAGGGAGAGCAGACCUGUGUGUGGACCGGGGCUUUUCGGGCAGAGCAAAAAACACACAAAAACCCUGAAGGAUAACACACACUUUUACUUAGAAUAACACGCACGCAUACACGCGCGCACAUACAUAGGCACGCAUACACGCGCGGACGCUUGGACCUUUUUAUUUUUCCCUCCCCACAACACACACACACACACACACACACACAUAGAAACACACACACACGCAAACACACUACCACUAAUAAUUUUUCGCAGGAGGCUCAAAUGUUUGGGAUUCAGGAAACUAUACCGCGCGGUGGGACGACGAUGAAGGAGGAACCGCUGGGUGGACUGAACUCAGUCCGCUCCUGGAUGCACACAGCUGGGGUGGUGGACGCAAACACAGCCGCGCAAAGUGGUGUCGGCUUGGCGCGGGCACAUUAUGAAAAGCAGCCCCCUUCCAACCUCAGAAAAUCCAAUUUUUUCCAUUUCGUGCUGGCGCUGUAUGACAGACAGGGUCAGCCCGUGGAGAUCGAGAGGACAGCGUUUGUGGACUUUGUCGAGAAGGAAAAAGAGCCAACCAGUGAAAAAACUAACAAUGGGAUUCAUUACAAACUACAGUUAUUGUACAGCAACGGCGUCAGAACAGAACAGGAUCUUUACAUACGGUUAAUCGAUUCCAUGACGAAGCAGGCCAUAGUCUAUGAGGGCCAGGACAAGAAUCCAGAAAUGUGCAGAGUUCUCCUCACCCACGAAAUCAUGUGCAGCCGAUGCUGUGACAAGAAAAGCUGUGGAAACAGGAACGAGACUCCGUCAGACCCUGUGAUCAUCGACAGAUUCUUCCUAAAGUUCUUUCUCAAGUGCAAUCAGAACUGUCUGAAGAAUGCAGGGAACCCACGAGACAUGCGCAGAUUCCAGCAGGUUGUCGUAUCGACGACCGUCAAUGUGGACGGCCACGUGCUGGCUGUCUCCGACAACAUGUUCGUACACAACAACUCCAAGCACGGGCGAAGGGCUCGCAGACUCGACCCUUCAGAAGGUACGCCUCCUUAUAUGGAGCAUGCAGCCACCCCGUGCAUCAAGGCUAUCAGCCCCAGCGAGGGAUGGACCACUGGAGGAGCCACUGUCAUCCUCAUAGGGGACAACUUCUUUGACGGACUCCAAGUCGUGUUCGGCACCAUGCUCGUAUGGAGUGAGCUCAUAACUCCCCACGCCAUCCGCGUCCAGACUCCACCUCGGCACAUCCCCGGUGUCGUGGAAGUCACGCUGUCCUACAAGUCAAAGCAGUUCUGCAAAGGUGCCCCUGGGAGAUUUGUCUAUACCGCCCUGAACGAGCCAACCAUCGACUACGGCUUCCAGAGGCUGCAGAAGGUCAUCCCCAGACACCCCGGAGAUCCUGAGCGGUUACCAAAGGAGGUGUUACUGAAGAGGGCGGCCGAUCUCGUCGAAGCCCUGUAUGGAAUGCCCCACAACAAUCAGGAGAUCAUUCUGAAGAGGGCAGCCGACAUCGCCGAGGCCCUGUACAGCGUUCCCCGCAACCACAACCAGAUCCCCUCUCUCGCCAACACAGCCUCCCACGGCAUGAUGGGAGUUAACUCCUUCGGCAGCCAGCUAGCAGUCAAUGUGUCUGAGUCACAAGGGAAUGACCAAGUGGGCUACAGCCGGAACACCAGCAGCGUGUCCCCCCGGGGCUACAUCUCCAGCAGCACCCCGCAGCAGUCGAGCUACAACACCGUCAGCAACAGCAUGAACGGCUACGGCAACGCCGGGAUGAACCUGGGCGUGCCAAGCUCCCCAGGGUUCCUCAACGGAUCCUCUGCCAACUCCCCAUAUGGAAUUAAACAAAAGAGCGCCUUCGCCCCUGUGGUCCGACCCCAGGCCUCCCCACCCCCCUCCUGCACCAGCGCCAACGGCAACGGACUGCAAGGUGAGCCCCCCUCACCCCCUCAUCCCUUCCCUACGGACUACUGGUCAGAUACCGCUGCUCAGGCCUCUGUCCGGUUCGCCAUGUCCGGCCUGGUUGUCCCUCCAAUGUAAAUGCACUUUCAUCAUCUCAAGCACCAGUUGACACUCUACCACUUCAGAGGACAACAGAACAUAGCCCCU